CGCAAUCUCCUUUCCUGUCAUACGGACGCAACAAACCUUCUCUGGUUAUGUCUUUGUGGAACAGUUGUUUGAUUACAUGGACAAUUAAUGGCUUUAUAAUGUGGCGAGACGCCGUGGGAAAGAACAGGAUUGCUCAAGCAUGAAUUUGAAAAGAAUAUAUGAAUAGGUCCACCUCGACGUCCAAAUCGUUUAUGCUUACGACUUUGUCCCAAACUUGCGACUCUCGAUCAUAUCAUCACAAUGAAGUCUCCGACCUUGCUUGCGCUUGCUGCGCUGGGCACUUACCCAGGCCUUACAGCAGCACAGUUGUAUUCCUACUUUACCUCUGUAAUCACAGAGUGCGCUGAAGCCACAGAUGCGCAUCCAACACAAGCCUACCCGACUGAGGCUCCGCAGUUCUCACACGGCUCGGUGGCUUACAGCAUGCCCUCUUGUGAUUGUGGGUGUAAGACUUGUACAUACACAAGCAUCUACACUACGUCGUACCAUCUCCUCUGUCCUACAGGUGUCACGCCACAAGAGUACAUCAUCACGGAAACAUACGCCGGAGCGCCUGCAAUCCCGACCUUUGCUGAGCCAACAACCCUGCCGUAUGGAUUCACGACAAUCGACGCAACGUGCACUGGCUACGAGGACGAGACAGCCAGCGGUACCUCAACUAUUACAAAAACCCUGGCGGAGUCGGCAGUUACCCCCGGAUAUCACGCGUCACAGUCAACGCAGGCCAGCAGUCCAGAGUCAUACCCUGUCGGCCAUAGCAGCGCCAACGCCGCACAGUCGACGAAGCCCGUCACCGUCAGCGCUGCCUCCCAGACCUUCACUCUAUCGAUAUACUCGCUUCUAGCUAUUGGUUCGAUUGUUGCCUUCGUCUAAUGUUAAGAACUAGGAGGGAAUUUGGCGAUGUUAAGGAUUUGUUAAUUUAUAUUCAGUUAUUGUAAAACUUUUUCUCUUAGG